AUGAACCUUUACAACAUCACCCUUUAUAACAUCACCCUUUACAACAUCACCCUUUAUAUCAUCACCCUUUAUAUCAUCACCCUUUAUAUCAUCAGCCUUUAUAACAUCACCCUUUACAACAUCACCCUUUAUAACAUCACCCUUUACAACAUCACCCUUUUGAACAUCACCCUUUAUAUCAUCACCCUUUAUAUCAUCACCCUUUACAACAUCACCCUUUAUAACAUCACCCUUUACAACAUCACCCUUUAUAACAUCACCCUUUACAACAUCACCCUUUUGAACAUCACCCUUUAUAACAUCACCCUUUAUAACAUCACCCUUUACAACAUCACCCUUUAUAACAUCACCCUUUAUAACAUCACCCUUUACAACAUCACCCUUUUGAACAUCACCCUUUACAACAUCACCCUUUUGAACAUCACCCUUUACAACAUCACCCUUUAUAUCAUCACCCUUUAUAUCAUCAGCCUUUAUAACAUCACCCUUUAUAACAUCACCCUUUACAACAUCACCCUUUUGAACAUCACCCUUUAUAUCAUCACCCUUUAUAUCAUCACCCUUUACAACAUCACCCUUUAUAACAUCACCCUUUACAACAUCACCCUUUUGAACAUCACCCUUUAUAUCAUCACCCUUUAUAACAUCACCCUUUAUAACAUCACCCUUUAUAACAUCACCCUUUACAACAUCACCCUUUAUAACAUCACCCUUUAUAACAUCACCCUUUACAACAUCACCCUUUUGAACAUCACCCUUUACAACAUCACCCUUUUGAACAUCACCCUUUACAACAUCACCCUUUAUAUCGUCACCCUUUAUAUCAUCAGCCUUUAUAACAUCACCCUUUAUAACAUCACCCUUUACAACAUCACCCUUUACAACAUCACCCUUUUGAACAUCACCCUUUAUAUCAUCACCCUUUAUAUCAUCAGCCUUUAUAACAUCACCCUUUAUAACAUCAACCUUUACAACAUCACCCUUUAUAACAUCACCCUUUAUAUCAUCAGCCUUUAUAACAUCACCCUUUACAACAUCACCCUUUAUAACAUCACCCUUUACAACAUCACCCUUUUGAACAUCACCCUUUAUAUCAUCACCCUUUAUAACAUCACCCUUUACAACAUCACCCUUUUGAACAUCACCCUUUAUAUCAUCACCCUUUAUAACAUCACCCUUUUGAACAUCACCCUUUACAACAUCACCCUUUUGAACAUCACCCUUUACAACAUCACCCUUUACAUCAUCACCCUUUACAACAUCACCCUUUACAACAUCACCCUUUACAACAUCACCCUUUAUAUCGUCACCCUUUAUAACAUCACCCUUUACAACAUCACCCUUUAG